AUGAUAUAUCCAUAUUCGGAUCAUGAUCUUGUUCGGGUCUUGUUAACGGUUGACAAAGCUAGUAGUAAUGUUGGCCCAGGUGUGUGGAAGUUAAAUGUCUCAUUAUUAGAAGUGCAAGAAGUUCGUGAGCAAAUUGCUUCAUUUUGGGAACAUUGGAAAGAUCGGAAAAGUGAUUUUGGUAAUGUAGCAGAAUGGUGGGAUUCUGGCAAGUUAAGAGUUAAAUCUCUUCUUCUCAAAUAUAGUCACAAGGAAUAUCGAAAGCGCAAGCAAGAACGUGCGACCGUACUUAAUCGCUAUGGUCGUAUUGUGUGUAAAACAAAUUUAUCGGAGGAUGAAGUUAAAGAACCAGACUUUGUUACGUCCCAAUUGGAAACUAUGGAUUUAAAACGUAUCCAAGGAAACAAGAUCCGAAGUGAAGUAAGAUGGCUCGAAUCAAACGAGCAGCCAUCGCGCUUUUUCUUCCAAAAGGAAAAAAGAAGAGCGGUUAAGAAAACGUGUCAUGCUCUACGCACGAGUGAUGGGAUGAGAGUGACUGAGCAACAUGAUAUCUCAAAGGAACAAGUUCGAUUUUAUAAAGAACUUUAUUCAAAAGUGCCGACAGACAAAGUUGCCCAAGAUCGGUUACUCAAUUUACUUGACAGGAAACUAACAAAUGAGCAACGCGAUUCAUGCGAGGGACAGUUAACGGUGGGUGAAUGUUUGGUAGCAGUAAAGUCUAUGGCAAAUGGCAAAACAUCGGGUUCAGACGGUCUACCGAAAGAAUUUUAUUUGUCCUUUUGGGACCUGCUUAAAGAAGACUUUGUUGAAAUGGCAAAUUAUUGUUAUUCAGUUGAACUGAUGCCUGAGUCUAUGAUCGAGAGCAUUAAUAUCACUGUUGUUUAA